AAUACGGCGGUACAGACCAGGGCGUCCUCUCCACGGGUGCUCCACAGUCGGGCCCGUCCAAGUUGGAAAGAACAAAAAAAGAAGGCAAUAAAUGCUAAAGGGGAGAGAGAGAGGGAGAGGGAGCCGCCACAUCGGCGGCAACUCCCAGCCCGGGCUGCAAGGGAGGGAGGAGGGAGCCGGAGAGAGCGGGCGGGCGGGCGCGCGCGAGGGCGAGCUGUGCACGGGAAGAAACUGACACCCGGACCCCCCACUUCUGCCGCACGGUGCUGGCAAUCAGAUCGCGUUUAAGCAAUUUCCUGAGCCCGAGAAUAGCAAUGAGUCGGGAGACUUUCGCGGACUGAAAUUGGGAGCUGCAGUCACUCCCCAGGUUUUGUGUGUGUGGUGUUUUUGUGGGUUUUUUUUUCCCCCUUUCUUUCUUUCUUUCUUUCUUUCUUUCUUUUCCUAGAGAAAGUUGGAGGGGGGCGCUACAAUUGGGAAACAGCUUUUUUGUUUGUUUGUUUUUUAAAUCUUGCACUUUGAAACCGCGGACUUUGGCAGUGUGCGCGCUUGUGGUUGGUGCUUUUUUUUUUUUUUCUUUCCCUCCCCCUGCCUUGCCUAAACUCCUCUGUCCGCCUGUAAACAUUACCUGUGAAUUUCCCAGCCGAAAAGGCUGUUGGGGCAAGAAACUUGUUAGAACUUCCCAGCCCCCGGCCUCCCCUCCGCCCCUCUCACCGUCCCAAUCUUCUGAGACUUUUUCCCCCUCCUAAGCCGGAGCAGACUUUAUCUUUUACUUUUACUUUUUUUUUUUUAAUCCCCCACUUUUCCUCGACCAUUGCUCUGCAUCUGGAGAGAGAUCAGUUCAGGAGUGGGCCAGGUGGGACGCCUCUCUCUUUCCUUAUUUAGUUUAUUUAUUAUUGUUUGGGGUGUUUUCUUUCUUUUUUUAAUUCCUGUUUUGCUUAGUCCGGGGAGUUUUGUCCGCCGCCUUCUACCCCCCCCCCCCCCCGUGCCCGGCUCUGCCGCGCGGAGGAUGGGGUGGAAAUGGCUGGGCGCGCUGGUAGUGUUCCCUCUGCAAAUGAUCUAUCUGGUGACCAAAGCGGCCUUGGGACUGGCGUUCCCCCCCAAGCUCCGGGACCUGUCGCGGGAGUCAGUCCUCAUCACCGGCGGUGGGAGAGGCAUCGGGCGCCACCUCGCUCGGGAGUUCGCAGAGCGUGGCGCCAGAAAGAUUGUUCUCUGGGGCCGGACUGAGAAAUGCCUGAAGGAGACGACAGAGGAGAUUCGGCAGAUGGGCACAGAGUGCCACUACUUCGUCUGUGAUGUGGGCAACCGGGAAGAAGUGUACCAGAUGGCCAAAGCCGUCCGAGAGAAGGUGGGUGACAUCACCAUCCUGGUGAACAAUGCCGCCGUGGUCCAUGGGAAAAGCUUGAUGGACAGCGAUGAUGAUGCCCUCCUCAAGUCCCAGCAUGUCAACACCCUGGGCCAAUUCUGGACCACCAAGGCCUUCUUGCCACGCAUGCUGGAGCUGCAGAACGGUCAUAUCGUGUGCCUCAAUUCCGUGCUUGCGCUGUCGGCCAUCCCCGGCGCCAUCGACUACUGCACGUCCAAAGCCUCGGCCUUUGCCUUCAUGGAGAGCCUGACCUUGGGGCUGCUGGACUGUCCAGGUGUCGGCGCCACCACCGUGCUGCCCUUCCACACCAGCACCGAGAUGUUCCAGGGCAUGAGAGUCAGGUCAGUGGGUGAGGCCACCCGUCCUGGGUCAGCCCAGCCAGUGGUCUUCACAGAAGGAGCCCCAGAAUCCUCUGGCCUUGGCAUGAGAGUCAGGUUUCCCAACCUCUUCCCACCAUUGAAGCCAGAGACAGUAGCCCGGAGGACGGUGGAAGCUAUGCAGCAAAACCAGGCCCUUCUCUUGCUCCCGUGGACCAUGAACAUCCUCAUUAUCUUGAAAAGCAUACUCCCACAGGCUGCACUAGAAGAGAUCCACAGGUUCUCAGGGACCUACACCUGUAUGAACACCUUCAAGGGGAGGACAUAGAGGCCGGAGGAUGACAUGCCUGAGGAGCUACGGAGCCUGAGGGGCAGCCACAGCAACCAGGCACACACCCAUGUGCCCUUGCAUUGGCACGUCUGUUGGGCGAGCAGGACCGUUCCUGUCCCCAGGGAGGAUUCUGCAGUUCCCCAGGUCACCUCCAGGACCUUUGUGCAGGACUGAUGGGUAUAACUCUGACCCCCAUGGGGAGGCAAGAAGCCAGCCAGCAGCCACCCGACAACUUUGUACAUUUCUCGCUCUGUAGGGUUUAUUGUUAAGUUGCUUCUCCAGUCUAACCCACCCAGGCAGUGCGCAUCUAUUUCCAGGAGAGUCUGCCCCCAGACCCUCCACCUUUGCCUGCAAAACCCUCUCAUCCUCAGCUCAUGCAAACUGGUUAAACGGCAGGAACGCAAAAUAAAGAGGUGGCUUUCUCAGUU